AUGACCGUUAAAAAUAUUGCCCUGAUUGGGCUUCUGACAAUUGUUACCGCCCUCCCAUUGGAGCAGCUGUGGCAGUUGGUUCCGAAUUCCGAAGGGUAUUUGCACCUAGUCAACAUAAACCCAUACCAACUGCCAUCAGCGGACCCAAGUGAACCGGAGCACCUAUUCGUACCGGAAACUGAUAUGGUGUUCCGACUGUUCACCAGGAGCCACCCGACAGAACCGCAAUUUCUAGAAAUUGGAAAUCCCUCCUCGAUCACUGGAUCCAACUUCAAUGCAGCACAUCCCACCCGAUUCACCAUUCACGGCUGGAACGGAAAUGGUAACGAUGGUUCGAACACAGUCAUUCGUGACAGUUUUCUCUCGGUCGGAGACUUCAACGUUAUCAGCGCCGAUUGGACUGUUGCCGCCGUUAAUCCAAACUACAUUUCAUCACGCAAUGCAGUGGGACCAGCAGGGACAGGUGUUGGUAGCCUGAUUGAUGAGUUGAUUGUACAUGCAGGUGCCAACUUGGAUAAUAUUUAUGUUAGUGGUUUCAGCUUGGGGGCUCAUGUUGCUGGUAACACGGGAAAAUAUCACAACGGCAACAUAAACACAAUAAUUGCUCUGGAUCCAGCAGGGCCUCUAUUCUCAGCCGGACAGAGCGAUGCUGUAUCUCCUCAGGAUGGACAGUACGUGGAAACUAUCAUGACCAACGCAGGAUUACAAGGUAUUAAUGUACCGUUGGGUCAGGCAAACUUUUACCCAAAUGGCGGUCGUCGACAACCCGGUUGUGGCACCGAUAUUAACGGGGCGUGCGCCCACGCACGAGCGCCAACAUUGUAUGCAGAAUCGAUCAGUUCGUCGGUUCCAUUCCGGUCAACACGAUGUGCAAGUCAUGCCGAGAUCCUAGAGGGCAUUUGUACUCCGAGUGGAACGGAUGCUAAUCUGGGUGGAGACCCUUCCAACAAUGGUUGUGGCGCCAAUGGCGUUUAUUUCUUAUCUACUAACGAUGAAGCACCAUUUGCACAGGGUUAAAUAAAACUAUUCAAAUUUUGAUAAAAAGACGCCAUAAACGGAUAAAAAUCUAUCAACAUUCAAAAUCUAUUUUUACCAGCCAUUUAGUAGAUACUACAGAUAGUCGGGUUCGGCUUUUUGGACCCGUACCCGGAAGCCGGACCCGACCCAAGCAGACCGGCUUCUGUAACUUCUCGGGUUCGGGUCGGGUUUCGGGUUUUCAAAUUUUAAAUUCUCGGGUUUGCGUUGGGUUAGGGUUUUUCAAAAUUUUAUCUCUCGGUUUCGGGUCGGGUCCGGCUUUUACAAAUUUGGAUUGGCUUCGAAUUUUAACAAAUUAAACCUAACAAUUUCUUGCUGCUGUUUGCAUCUAUACACAACAUCUAGUCGCUUUUUGUCGAUUUGAAUGUUUCCAAGAUGGGCGAUUUGAAUGUUUCCACGAUGGCAAAAAUAAUGCCGAUAAGUCUCCGUUACGAUACACGUUAUAUCCGUCUAAUGCAACCGACCCCUGGAUAGUCUACUUCCGGAUCAACGAUAAACCAUUUAACAUCAUUAAUAUAUCGUGUGACCUAACUACAGUACACGCGGCCUUGUAUGAAGAAGUAUGUUGUCUAUAUACCCGCCCGGGAAGUAGAGAUUGAUGGUGUAGUCUCCGACAGAGGCUUUAAUUGCGAAGAUCUGCUGAAGUAUGAGGUUGACUUCUCCAAGAAUCCUUUUGCACCAGUCAGUAAAUUCUAGAUUGCAAGCAAUUCCAUUCAGCAACAAUAGAGACAACAAUUGGGCCAUGCAGCUACUCAUUGUAGAAACAAGGAACGGUUUGGAAAAGGCGGAGAGAAUCAUUGAAAGUCUUCCUGUGGAGCGGUUACAUAUAGACUGGACAUAUCCCGUUUGCAAAUUACGCGAAGAAAAACUGAUACAUUCUUUUAAGGUAGGGGAGACUGAGGAGACUUGAUCCCCUUUUUUAUUUUUCAAUCCUACUCCGUGGAAUGAUACAAAAACUAUGUAUUUUUUGUACUUUUAUAUUGUUUCUAGGGUUGACUGAUAGUCAUAAAAAAAUUACACGGAAAUAUUAUACU